UCGUCUUGGAACGGAAGCCAUGGACUAAACCCUAACAUCCGAUCAUUCCGAACGAGAAACGAGAGGGUUCCUGUCGAACUCGUCGCCACAGUGAGAUCGAUUUGGCUGUGUGGUGGAUAAUUUUGCAUAAAAUUUCUUCCCAGAAUGAUCGAAUGGUCACCUAUUUCUUGUUUUUAGAUCUCAUAAGCAGCUUCCGGAUCGAUCUCGGUGGAGGAAAUGUUCAUCCGGGGCUGAAUCGAGGUCUUAAAAUCGGUACAUUUUGGUUCUUUCUUGGGAAAAGAUGUGGAUUUUCUUGGUAGAUGAUCAAUUGGCGAAGAAAACCUUGCUGGCUCGGGGCGGAAUUAGGGAUUUCUGAGCUCAAUCGAGUGGUUUUCUUGGCGGAAAGACGCCAUUAAGGCUUGAUUUGGAGGUGGAAAGCAGAAUGCAAGAAAGACGCCGAAGCCCGGCACCCCGGCGGAUCUCGCCGGAGAGCCCCGUCAGGGGGCGGAGGAAGUUCAAAUCCUAUUCAAAUUACCGAAAUUUUCAGCGGAGAAGCUUUGAUGGAGACCAGCGGAAGCGGUGCUCGGACUCCCCGCCCCAAAAGACUGAUGUCUGGAUCGAAGCUGGCCGGCUCGCGGCCGAAUACUUGGUGUCGAAGGGCCUGCUGUCCCCGAGCUUGCUCCCGGAGCAAUGGCCAGGAAAGGAGGAUAACAAGGUGUUGAAGGAGAAGGAGAGGGACUCGCCGGUGCCUGAGAGCAGGACUUCGGCAUUUGCUCGGCUUGGAAAUGCCGUCCCAGAAGUGGGCCAUGGGAGGAGGAGGAUAAAUGAUGAUGACCAUGAUAGAAUGGGGUCGAGAAGUUAUUUGAGGAGGAGAAUGGGGCACUAUAAUAGAGGGCAAGGUUCAAAUUGGCUCAGGGACAAUGUAAGGAAUGCGCGAUGGAUAGAAAGAUCUUGGAGAUGUUCUAAUUCUGUGGAUGAGGACAAUGAUUUUGCUCCUCACUUCCAUAGGAGCCGGCGGAGCGGAUUUGAUAAAGGCAGAGGUAGUGCGAUGAGAUCACCCACAGAUGAAGGAUACUCCAGAAGUGAUCGCAUAAGCGAAUUGAGAUCAGAAAAGGAGGACGUUGAUGAAAUCGGAUCGAAAGUGAGUUCUUCUAGAGUUAGGCGAGAUCGUUCAAUUGUGUCUAGUUGGGAUUUGAAUGAAGGGGUUGAUGAUGAUACGAUAUUGAAUUCAGUAAAUGUUGAUGAAUUGAAGAGCGAUUCAAGCCGGGACUUGAAGAAGAAAGAUAUAGCAGUGGUGGAUCGACCGCGAAGAAUGGAUGAUAAUAAUUUGUGGAACAUAAUCAGCCCAUUGAAAGUGCCCAAGAAACCUCGUUCAUCAAUGCCACUGAAAAUCCCAAUAUUUGAUCAAGUUGAUCAAGGACCCACCACCGAGGCAAAGAUUGCUUCAGGAGCUACCACCAAAGAAGCCUUCAAGGUGGCCUUGGAAGAAGAUUUGGAUGCACCUGACCUUUCCGUUGUUCAACCUGUCCAGCUUGUGGAGGAAUCUGUGAAACUGCAAUAUGAAUCAAGUGAUAGGCCAUCAGAUUUAGGGACAUUUAGACCAAUAGUCGAUGUGAGAGAGGAAGUAAAUUCCGUACAGUACAGCAAUGAAACAGAGGGAAUCAAACAUCAAAGACACUCAUCUUCUUCCAGGAUAGCUCAGGAUAAUGAGCACUUUUGCCUGCCUGGCUUCAGUGCAAAAUUGUCAAACCCAUGUGAUGAGAGCCUCUCACUGGUAAAAGAAAUGGUCGAUGUAGCUGAGCAAGAGAAGUUGGAAGAUCCUGCUUUACUGCUAAAAAAUAAAGCUGAAGUUAAUGUUAUGCUUGAACAAGAGAAGCAGCUUCCACACACUUCAUGCAGAAAUUUUGAUCUUAACAUUAUGGAAACUCCUGAAAUAACUGAGAUUCCUGAUUAUCCUACUGAAGACCAGCUCCAUACUUCUUUCCCUGCUCUGGAGACUGAAAAGAAACUACCUGUAUAUCCUGGCUUUUUGAUGGGUAACAAUACCAAUGCCGAUUGUGAACACAGGCUACUUGUCAACAAUGAGAAGGUAAUUGAAGUGAUUAAUGUAGAAGAUGAGUACCCAGCAGAGGACAAUGUCUGCAGUCAUUUAAAAUCUAAUGAGACAGGCCUGGAUAAUUUUCUCAGCCACACAGAGCAUGCAGAUCUUUCCGGCAUUCAGGAUGGUUGUUCCUUUCCGGUUUCUAAUUAUCUUGCAACUGUUACCUUGGGGCAUCCAUCGACACAGGCAAACCUUAGUGACCUGCCGACAGGAAUGAGUCCUCAUGAUGCUGUGGCAAUUCCUGUUGAUGAUGAUCCAAUAUAUAUGUCACUAGAAGAAAUUCCAUUCGGCUAUGUGGGAGCAUUAGAUUAGCCAACUCAAGGACAUGGAGAAUUCUUUCAAGCCAAUUCAUUGGAAUCAGCAUUGUGUUGGACUGUCAGUUCAUCUUUCUCUGAGCCAUUAUCUUGAUACCUAUACAGUGUCUUUUUUUCUUUUUGAUUAGUUGCGGUCAUCUUUGUCUGAGAUCCAUUUGGUCAUAGAUUUGUAGCCCUGUAGAUCCUUCUGUAGCUCAAUGGUUGUAGCUUCUUGUCAAUUUCAACAUAUUUCCAUCAUGUAAUUUUUGCUUUUUGUGUUAAUUGUCACUCAAUUAUUUGAAAAUAUAUGAAUGUGCCAAUUAGGUAAUUA